AUGAGCAACUCGCCUCGCCGCCGCCCUGCUCCCAUCAGCCCCCUCACUCUGUCACCCGGCACCGAGCAACGGCGGGGGCUUUCCAAGCAGCUGUCUCCCACCAUGUCGCCCUCGCUGUCCCCCAUCACACAGGUACACAUAGUCAUACUUACCUCGCAAUACACACGCACAACUUGCUACUUACUUCGCUAUACACACAUACACCUCGCUGUCCCCGAUUUAGAGAGGCAAGCCAGCAACCGGAUGGUUGCAAGUUCGAAUCCCGGGUCUGACGAAAAAAUCUGUCAGGAAGGGAACUGGCAACUGGAGGGUUACUGGUAUCAAAUCCUGCCACUGUGCCCGUAAGCAAUGCACUUAACCCCCCACAAAUGCUUCACGGGCGCCAAGUGUGGCAGCCCCCUGCUCCAACCUCUCCAACCUGUAUAUGUAUGCGUGUCUUUCGGAGGGGUUGGGUUAAAGCGGAAGUCAACUUUCGGUUCAAUUGACGAAUAAAGUGAUCUUAAUCUAAUUUUAAAUCAGCAAGCUACAUUUGGCCAUUUUCAUUCCAUCAGUGCAUGAUGACUGAACUGCUCAUCACAAAUAUUAAACCAAGGCUUCUUACUAAACUUUAUAGAAAAUAAAUGUUAGCAUGCUCAUUCUUGCCUUCUUGCAUUUCCUGGUAUAUUUUAUACUAAUUAACUUAUAUAUUAAUGUGUUUAACUUACAGUGCCUUGCAAAAGUAUUCAGACCCCUUGGAUUUCUUCACAUUUUAUUGUGUUAAAAGUGGAAUUAAAAUUGAUUUAAUUAGAAUUUGUUGUCAACAAUACACACAAUCAUCUUGUCAAAAUGGAAUAAUUGUUUUUGUUAAUUAUUUAAUAACAGAAAAAUAUAGUUGUUGUGUUCAGCCCCUUGGCUUAGACAAGCCUAAAUUAGUUCAGGAGUAAAAUGUGGCUUUACAAAUCACAAAUAAAAAAGUUACAUGGACUCACUGUGAAAUAAUGGGGAUUGACAUGGUUUUUAAAUGACUAACCCAUCCUCUCUCCCACACACAUACAACAUCUGUAAGGUCCCUCAGUCAAGUAUUGGAUUUCAAGCACAGAUUCAACUACAAAGACCAGGGAGCUUUUCAAAAGACUCAUAAUAAAAGAAAAACACAAAUAAGCAAAAUAUGCACUAAAGUAAUACUGCAAAAAAAAACAUGGCAAAAAAAUAAACUUUAUGGUCUAAAUGCAAAGCCUUAGGUUUGGCGCAAAUCCAACACCAACUCAUCACUGAGUAACUGCCUCCUUAUUUUCAAGCAUGGUGAUGGCUGCGUAAUGUUAUGGGUAUGCUUGACAUUUGCAAAUGCUGGGGAGUUUUUCAGGAUAAAAAGAAACGGGAUAGGGCAAGCACAGGCAAAAUCCUAGAGCAAAACCUGCUUCAGUCUGCUUUACACCAGACACUGGGAGAGGAAUUCACCUUUCAGCAGGACAAUAACCUACAACACAGGGCCAAAUCUAACUUAUAAAACGCCUUUCCUACCGCUAUACUUGUCAUUCUGCGGUCUUUCAUAUUGUAGCUGCUCGCUGACAGCAACCAGCUGUCAGAGUUUGAGAGUUAAGUGCUAAACGGAUUUCUCGCUGGCCAACAAGUAGAUGAUAUUCAUCUCGAACUGUGUGCAUAACAGCGUGCGACAAGAUACAUGAAUUAGCAAACUAACAGCUUUGGGAAUCAGGUUUAUUUAUUCAUUUAUUUAUUGAAAAUAGAUUUAAGUUUAAAUGUAUUUACAUUUAAGAAGUGUGUUUGUUUAUUAGUAAAUUUUUAUAGACUGCAGAUUACCUUUAUGAUGAUGCUUUCAGUCGCCCAAGCAUGAUUGACUAGCCAGCAUAGUGUCCAAACACUCCCUGGCCUGUGGGCCCUUUCUUCCUGUAACCAGGAAAGAUCCUUGAGGUUAGAAACCCCUUGCUGGGAGGGCAACCUGGCAGCUUCAUAUGUAGUGUAUUUUUGGGGAAAGUCCUCCGUGGUUUAACGCUAACCCGAUACGCAUAGUAGUGCAUCUUUUGAAUACUCUAAUUGCAUCCCUCCUUUCUCCUUUUCUUGAAUCUGGCAUGACCCCCUCUCUCUCCAUCUCCCACCCUCUAACCCUCCCUCCCUCAUUCCUUCCAUCUCGUUUUCAGGGGGUUGCGUUGGACACCAGCAGCUUGCCAAUGGAGCCUCCCCCUCCCUACCCUCUCUACCAACAGCUACACCAGCAGUCCCAGCAUUCAAUGGGGCAACAACAACGCCAGCAACAACGUCAUCAUCAUCCACAACAACAACAACAACAACAACAACAACAACAACAACAGCAGCAGCAGCAGCAGCAGCAGCAACAACAGCUGCAGCCAGUGUCCCCUCUGCAGAACAUCUCUCUGGACUUUAACUCUGUAAGUGUUUGUCUUUGUCUGUGUGUCUAGAUAUGUCUGUUCUUAAGCCAAAAGCUGUCUUGAGAAAUGUACUACAGCCUAGGUUAGUUGAAAAAUCAUCCCUUUGAGCGGCAUAUCCAUUUAGGGAAACACUUCUAUAUGCAAACAGUAUGUCUGAGUCUAUGCCCCAAUGUUGUAGGUCUCGUACACCUCUGUUGCUGGCCUAGUGUCUAAUAUCAGAGGACUGUUGGUGUGCUCCGAUAAAGAGACAGGGAUGUUAUUCUUCAUCAGUCUGCUUCAGCACCACUCCACUCCACCCACACACACAUACACACACACACACACACACACACACACACACACAGCCACGUGACUCAACCAUUUCCAGGAACCCAAAUGUUAUUUGUCUAACUCUGAAGUCUGUGGUUGAUAAACACCAAAUUCGUGGAAGGAAGGAAGCAGACCCAAAUUCUAAAGAACUAAAAAUGUCCUUGGUUGCAUCCGAAAUGGCACCCUAUUCCCUACACAGUGCACUACUUCUAACCAGAGUCCUAUGGGUAGGGCUCAAAAGUAAUGCACUAAAUGGUAGCACUCAAAAGUAAUGCACUAAAUGGUACGGCUCAAAAGUAAUGCACUAAAUGGUAGCGGUGCUUUAUUAGAACGAUUUGUCAGCAGUUAAAUGUAACUAACUUGGUAAAUCACUGCAUUAUACCUGGUAACUAAACUCUCUUCUCACAUGCACUGUCCACUCUCCUCCUAAUCCAUCUCUUCUCUCAUCUCCUCUUCUCUCUUUCAUUCUUCGUCUCUCUGCCUUGCCUCUUUCAUCUUCUCUCUCAUCUGUCCUUGUAAUCUCUGUUCCUCAUUUCUGUUCCUCUCUUUCUCUCUCUCUGUUCCUCUUCUCUCUCUCGUCCUCUACUCUGUCCUCUCUCUCUUUCUCUCUCCUCUCUUUCCUCUGUCUCUUCUGUUCCUCUCUCUUUCUUCUUUUCUCUCUCCUUCCUCUCUGUCUCUCUCUCUCUCUUGUCCUCUGUUCCUCUCUUUCUUCCUCUCUCUCUCUCUUCCUCUGUCUCUGUCCCUCUUCUCUUUCUCUCUCUUGUCUCUCUCUCUCUCUGUUCCUCUCUGUCUCUUUCCUCUUCUCUCUCUUCUUCUGUUCCUCUUUCUCUUCCUCUUCCUUUCUCUUCCUCUCUCUGUUCUCUCUCUGUUCCUCUCUGUUCCUCUUCUCUUUCUGUCUCUCUCCUUCCUCUGUCUCUCUUCCUCUGUCUCUCUCUCUUCCUCUUUACCUCCUCCCUCCUCUGUUCCUCUCUCUCUGUUCCUCUCUACCUCCUCUCUCUCUGUUCCUCUGUCUCUCUUUCUCUUCCUCUCUGUUCCUCUCUCUCUGUUCCUCUUCCUCUCUCUCUCUGUUCCUCUGUCUCUCUGUCUCUCUCUCUUCCUCUCUACCUCCUCCCUCUGUUCCUCUCUGCCUCCUCCCUCCUCUCCUCCUCUCCAUCCUUUUCUCCCCCAUUUCUUUCAUCUAUCUCUCUUUCUGUCUCUCUCCCUCCUCCGCUCCAUCUUUCGCUCUCCCAUAUCUCUCUCCUAUGUUUCUCUCUCUCCCUCCUCUUCCUCCCACAGAAUAACAUGGGGGCGUUCUUCAACGACCCGUUCAUGGACCCACAGUUCUCCAGUCGCCAGGCCAAGGCUCUGUCCUACCAGGUAAACCACCGGGGAGAAGGCUCUAGAGAAGGAUCCUCAGGAAAGGACUUCAUUCCUUCAUUUACAGUUAGUAUCUGAAGUUUAUUUUAUUUCAAUGUUGGGUUUAGGCCUGCCAAAGUGACUUAAAGGGAUAGUUGACUCAAAAAUGGCACAAAUCGCAUCAGCACAGUUUUUGCUCUGUUCUGAAAGUGCUCCUUCUUGAAAACUUGACUGCUGACAAGCACAACAUUUUGGGAUUGUAUUAACAGUGGACUAAUGAGCAAAAUACUAAAUGAUUGUUUGAGUGAACUAAUUUCUUAAUUGAUGGGUAUAAGUUUUAAGGGGUGUAAUUGUGGCGACCAGAUAUUUGUAGUUCUAUGAAAUAUCGUGUUGUGGAGUAGUGAACCAAGUCACCUCAAGAGUAUGCAUGUUUGUAUUGGUUGGUCAUUGGUUGGUCAUUUGGAAUGGUUGUUGAUCAUUGCUUGGUCAUUUGUGAUGGUUGUUUGUCAUUGGUUGGUCAUCUGUAAUAGUUGUGUUUGACCUUUGUCCCCCCACCCCAUCACCACUCUCUCUUUUCUCUCUCUCUCCAUUCCCCUCCCACCUCUAUCUCUUCCUGCCUCCUCUUCAGUUGGACCAGUUCAGCAUGUUGGAGAGUGCCAUGAGCCAAAUUGCAGGGGGUUCGUGUUUCGACCCCUCCUCGCCCUCCUCCUCACCCCUAUACUGCUCGCAGGCCGCCCUCAUGGGCCUGGGCGGGAGUCACGGCAACCUGCAGGACCAGCUGCAGCAGAUGAGACCCAACAACUACUACAACUGCAGUGGAGGGGUGCCCAACAUCAUACUGACUGGUAGGUGGAGGGGUGCCCAACAUCAUACUGACUGGUAGGUGGAGGGGUGUCCAACAUCAUACUGACUGGUAGGUGGAGGGGUGCCCAACAUCAUACUGACUGGUAGGUGGAGGGGUGUCCAACAUCAUACUGACUGGUAGGUGGAGGGGUGCCCAACAUCAUACUGACUGGUAGGUGGAGGGGUGCCCAACAUCAUACUGACUGGUAGGGGGAGGGGUGUCCAAAAUCAUACUGACUGGUAGGUGGAGAGGUGUCCAAAAUCAUACUGACUGGUAGAUGGAGGGGUGCCCAACAUCAUACUGACUGGUAGGUGGAGGGGUGUCCAACAUCAUACUGACUGGUAGGGGGAGGGGUGUCCAACAUCAUACUGACUGGUAGGUGGAGGGGUGCCCAACAUCAUACUGACUGGUAGGUGGAGGGGUGCCCAACAUCAUACUGACUGGUAGGUGGAGGGGUGUCCAACAUCAUACUGACUGGUAGGUGGAGGGGUGUCCAACAUCAUACUGACUGGUAGGUGGAGGGGUGUCCAACAUCAUACUGACUGGUAGGUGGAGGGGUGUCCAACAUCAUACUGACUGGUAGGUGGAGGGGUGUCCAACAUCAUACUGACUGGUAGGUGGAGGGGUGUCCAACAUCAUACUGACUGGUAGGUGGAGGGGUGUCCAACAUCAUACUGACUGGUAGGUGGAGGGGUGCCCAACAUCAUACUGACUGGUAGGUGGAGGGGUGCCCAACAUCAUACUGACUGGUAGGUGGAGGGGGUGUCCAACAUCAUACUGACUGGUAGGUGGAGGGGUGCCCAACAUCAUACUGACUGGUAGGUGGAGGGGUGUCCAACAUCAUACUGACUGGUAGGUGGAGGGGUGCCCAACAUCAUACUGACUGGUAGGUGGAGGGGUGUCCAACAUCAUACUGACUGGUAGGUGGAGGGGUGUCCAACAUCAUACUGACUGGUAGGUGGAGGGGUGCCCAACAUCAUACUGACUGAUAGGUGGAGGGGUGCCCAACAUCAUACUGACUGGUAGGUGGAGGGGUGUCCAACAUCAUACUGACUGGUAGGUGGAGGGGUGUCCAACAUCAUACUGACUGGUAGGUGGAGGGGUGCCCAACAUCAUACUGACUGGUAGGUGGAGGGGUGUCCAACAUCAUACUGACUGGUAGGUGGAGGGGUGUCCAACAUCAUACUGACUGGUAGGGGGAGGGUGUCCAACAUCAUACUGACUGGUAGGGGGAGGGGUGUCCAACAUCAUACUGACUGGUAGGUGUCUGUCCUCCCUUUUUCUCCCUCUCUCCAUCCCUCCAUAGAUGACUCCAACCCCAGUCAUUCCAAGGACAUCAGCAGUGCCAUGUCGGCCGGCAACAUGGCUGAGUGUUUCGACUCGGAGGUGGGCUUCCCACUGGAGGACGAGCUGCGCAUCGAGCCUUUGAGCCUGGAUGGUCUGAACAUGCUCAGUGAUCCUGACAUGGUGCUCUCUGACCCCUCUGUGGAGGACAGUUUCCGUAGCGACAGACUGUAA